AUGUCCUCAGAUGAGGAGGGCGUCCGGCGCCCGGGCCGCACUACCGGCAAUGAGAGCCCUGCGCCUAGCAACAAUGCCAACGACUCCGGGGCCGAGAACGAUACCGGCGUGGACAAUAUGGAUGAGGAUGAUCAUGAUGAUCUCUUCGGAUCAGAUGGAGAGGGCGGCCUUGACGAUAUCGAACCUAGCCGCAAUUUGGACGAUGAACAACUCGAUUCGGGUGAUGAUGAGAAUCGCUACGACCGACGGGACGACCGCAUGGAAGAUGUCCAGGAGGAGCAAUUUCAGGUUCACGUUGCCGAACAAGAUCUCGCGCGUGCGCCAGUCCCGCUGACGAACGAUGGAGAGGUUUACGCAAUGCACAUACCCGACUUCCUUUCGGUAGAAGCAGAGGAGUUCGACCCCGAAACAUACGUUCCGCCCCAAAACAAUGCUGCCGCCACCUCUCUGUGCUGGCGCAAGAAUCCCACAGACGAGACGCAAUUGCAAUCGAACGCUCGAUUCAUCAAGUGGGAAGAUGGAUCUAUUACUCUCCAGCUCGCUUCCCAACCCCUCGAACAGUACCGCGUCGCAUCCAAGCCUCUUGCACCCCUCGCCAAAUCUGGCGCCUACGAUCACAAGCUCGACUCUCAUGUUUAUCUUGGUGCUGGACUGGAGACUGCUUCGACCUUCCGACUCACUUCACAUGUCACUCAUGGCCUUACGGUUCUUCCAACUACACUAGAGACGGACGAUGCGGUUGCCCGAUUGCAGGAGCAACUCAAUGCCGCCCGUCGCGGCAGCAAGCAAACUGCAGCUGGAACCGCGCCUAUUUAUGAACAGAAAGAGGACCCUGAGCUUGCCAGUAGACGCGCAGAGGUCAUGGAGAAAGAAGCCAUCAAGGCCGAGCGCCGUCGCCAGCAGCUUGCGGAUCGUGAGGCGGAUCGUGGCCGUCGCCAAGGCGGUACUCGCUCUGGGCCUAGUGGCCUCAGCGUCGGCGGACUGGAAGAUGGCGGCUUGCACACCACUCGUCCCCGUGCCAAACCUCGUCGCCAGAACCGUCGUGGUGAGAUAUUUACCGACGAUGAAGAAGAGGAUUACUCUCGUGGCAAUGCCCGUACUCGGGAAGACGAAUAUGACGAGGACGAUGGAUUCUUGGUCGGCAGUGACGAGGACGUUGAAGAGGGCGAGGACGACGAAGAUGAACUCGAGGAUGAAGACAUGGAUGCUGAAGGCGAAGAUGACGAGGAGGCUGCACCUAAGGCUCGCAGCAAGCCAGAGCCCAAGGCCCGGGCCGGUACACCUCCUGCUCGCAAGAAGAACCGUUACGUGGUAGACGACGAGGACGAUGAGUGA